AUCCCAGCCCGAGCUGACCCCACAGAGCCUGGAACAGCAAAAGUUCACAAAAAGGAGGAGAGGAAGAGGUCCUACUCGCUGCCGCUUCUUGGACGACAAGGCAGAAGGUGAACGGAUAUUUGUCCAGAUCAACAAGCUUGGACAGCCUGUUGGUCCAAAUGCAUACAAGCUAAGCUGCUUCCUGGCCACUAUAGCACGGAAUGGACACAGAGCACCCCUUACUUUUAUUCACCGGAGGGCAGUGCCAGAUUCUUAUAAAGUGGACAUGUGGGAAUAUGUUCAGACGAAGUUUGACAUUGAUCCAAGUGGCAAGUCUUGGGUCAUGCAGGCUAUCGGUACAAAAUGGAGGGACUGGAAAGCAGAUUUAAAGGCAACAUAUUACGAUUCUCUUAAGACGGAUGAAGAGCGCUUGAAGGUACAUGAUCCAAGGGUUGUUCCUGAGCAAUGGCCAAGCCUUAUUUCAUACUGGAACACUGAUGAGACAAAGAAGCAUUGUGAGAGAAAUAAGGCUAAUCGUAAAAAACAGACGUGUGGACAUUCGUCAGGGACCAAGAGUUAUGCAAUCCAUCUGAGGAGGAGCCAAACAAGAGGCCUGAUGGGAAGGAACCAACUAGAGCUGAGCUUUAUAUAUUAACACAUACACGCAAGUAUGGACAGCCUGUUGACGAAACUGCGGCAAAAUUAAUUUCAAAGAUCCGCGAACAAGAAGCUAAGAAGCAGAAUAACUCACAACGUAGUGAUGAGUCAAAUGACACCUUGUGUCAAGUUAUGGGAGAAGAAAAAGAUGACUGCGUGGAAACUUCUGGAAUGGGUCCCAAUCGUACUGGUAUUUUUGGCUCAAGGCCUAGCCGUGCUGCCCUUGUGAGGAUGGCUUCCGAGGCCAAAAGUUCCGCAAAUAAAGAGGUGCGUAAGAUGGCGGUGAAAAUGGAGGCCAUGGAGGAAAAAUAUACCCUUAUGGAAAACCACAUGGCUAGAAUGGCUUCAAACAUGGAAAAGUUUCUACAGAAGAUUGGUGUGUCUUCAAAUAUUUUGGGGUCGGAACUGGCAACCUCUUAUACCAGU